AUGGAGAGAACUACGAUAACAACGAUACUUAAUCUCGCACCUCUUAAACUCCCCUCGACCUCACAGACCGCCGACCUCCAACAUCUGCAUGCAUUGAUGCAUCUCCUCCACCAUCGAAACCACAAUCAACACCGUCGGACCACUUGGUAUCGUCAUUUCAACAGCUUUCGCCGUCACCUAGGGACAGUGCUUGAACAUUUGACGACCCUCGAACACGUACCCACGACGAAUCUUGCUCGGCACAAGAAGAAAGCCGAAGACGAGGCUUCACGGCUCAGGGUACAGCAAACAGUGUCGUUUUGGCGAGACGUGCUGAUCCCAAAAGCACAACAUGCUUUUGGGCAACUGAUAGCCGAUGGACGCUUUGCAGUGCUCGGUGUGGUGUUGAUGGCAAUCUUAGGACAUGUGUGUAGGGUCUUUGGAUUGAUUUCUGUCUACGACGAGCUAGGUGAGGAGGAGACGAGAAGAGCUAUCGAGGAGUUCGCUGCCGAGGAGUGGGGCGACGCUGAGGGGAUGGGCGUCCUUGUGCCACGCGAAGCAGAAAAGAACGAAGAUUUUGGCGAAGUCUUGACGAGAGAAGACAGCGUGGACACGGAGGACGCGAUAAAGACCAAGGCCAGGGCUACGGAGAAAGAGCUAAGGAUGACCGAAAGUGCUUCACCAUCAAAGACAUCGAAGAAGACCCCCUCGCGGGAUUCGUCUACAUCGACGACGAGUUCGAAGCUCAUGAAGAAGAGGCCGAAAGACGAGGGCACGGGCAGUGCUGUAAGACCGAUCAAAAAGAAGAAAAAGAAGAACGCUAUCGACGAUCUGUUUGCUGGGCUGUAG